GUCAUCUUCAUGACAUAAGCUUUUCCAGGGAAUUUUACCCGUCGUUCGACGUCCCUUCUUCCUUCCACGACGACUGCCACAUUGCCCUCCUCUUUCCCCAAGGCAGGGUGGACCCUAUACGUCUCAUUUUGCUUCCCCUCUAGUCAUCCUCCAUGUCAGACUACGACUCGUCUCGGGAGUCGUCCCCAUGCCGCGACGACAAGCCCUCCCACCAUAACUUUUAUCUCGGCCUCAGCCAGGGAAGGCAGCCUUCGGACCCAUAUGAUACCCUCAUGCCGCCGUGGCGGGCAGCUAUCCGAAGAAAGCUCAUUCAGACCGUGCACCUCGAGUCCAAGGUGAUAGCGUGCAUGCAGGAAUACAUACGCACGCCCUGGCUAGAUGCGUAUUUUGUAUACACUUCGUCUUUAGGAACGCAUACCUUCUUCAUGACUGUGCUCCCGGUGCUGUAUUUCUUCGGGUACGAAGACAUGGGUCGCGGACUUGUUAUCGUUUUGGCGCUGGGCGUGUACUUUUCCUCCUUUGUAAAAGACCUGGUUUGCUCUCCGCGGCCCUUUUCACCUCCUGUAACGCGUCUUACCAUCGGGACACACCACUUGGAAUACGGCUUUCCUUCAACGCAUUCUACCAAUAGCGUCUCUAUCGCGCUGUUUCUUUUCGGACAUGUCCAUCUCCUUGCGUCUGGUGCACACAACUCUGAGGAAUCACCACCGAUAUCUCCGUUUACCUACAACGUACUCGUCGUUCUGCUCAUAUUCUACACCUUUUCCAUCGUCUUUGGCCGACUGUAUACAGCAAUGCAUUCCUUCAUUGACUGCACUGUGGGCGUCAUCUUAGGUGCUGGCCUUUGGUGGGCGCAUACCAGUUUCCCCGGUAUCCCCGUCAAGGUCCCGUAUACGUCCGCGACAGUCUACCUCGCGCGCGGACUCGGCGCCGGCAAAUGGAUGGACGAUUGGGUGCAGAGCGGAGGCUGGGAAGUGCCCUUGAUACUCAUUUCUGUUUGUCUCCUCGCAGUAAACCAGCACCCCCAGCCAGUCGAUGACUGUCCGUGUUUCGAGGAUGCCAUCGCGUUUGGGAGUGUCGUUCUUGGACUUCUAGUCGGGUCAUGGGGCGUUUCCUUUACGAGUCUUUCUGAACGCCGUGCAGUAGUUAUGCCUGGAAGUGGAUGGGUAUUUGAUCAAUCCCUGGCGACGUGGGUAACUGUGGAACGUGGAUGGCAGGACGUAUGCUUGUGGUGGGGCGUGGCAGCUUUGAAGAUGGUGGUGGGAAUUCUGGCUAUCUUUGCGUGGCGUAUCCUAGCCAAGUCAGCAUUGCACAUCACCCUACCGCCGCUCUACCGGCUGCUUUCCAAGAGCUUCCGGCUGCCAAAUCGAAGGUUCUACACGCCUGCGACGGAUUACAAAAAUGUGCCCAGCGAAUUUGCUCACGAAGGCGGUUUGAGGCCAAUUCCUAGUGUUAUUGAUCUACCGGGAAGCGUGGAGAUGGAGGUGGGUGAAGGAAGCGCGUUUUCUUACCCCGCAUCUGGAACGAGGGCGGUCAAGAUGAGGAAUGGGAACGAGAAGGUGAGGUUUGCGAAUGGCAAGGGCGUCGUUGAGAGGGAACAAGAAAAGGAAGGCGAGGUUAAGCAUUAUGAUGCUGAUGUGCUUACGAAGGUUACGGUGUACGCAGGUAUUGCUCUUUUAGCCAGCCAGGCAUUACCUGUCAUGUUCGACGUUUUGGGCUGGGGCGUGCGGUCAUGGCCUGUCGAUGCCUGAACGUAAUUUGAUAUUUAUACCAUUUAACUCCCGCAUUACGCUAUAGUACAUUAUCACCAUGUAAAUUCGGAGGCUUGGAUACGCUAAUUUAUUUCACCUUUGAU